UGGCUGCCUCCUUGUCACGAGACUGCCUUCUUUUUUGCUAAUUUUAUUCUCUUUCGGGGCCCGAUAGAAGGGUUUGUCUGGUUCAGGCUUCCGCUCAUAGUCCUGUCACCUGUCCAGGAACCAUACUUAGUCCGUUGGAAUCGUCAUGAUAAAGCUAUAUAGCCUCCGAUUAAAUAUAGAGGAUGCCUACGUUUGUUGCCUACUGAAAGGGUAGAAAUAUCCGCCUAUCUUCUGUUCUGUUCUUGCUUUCACCAUCCAUCUCACUCUACUUAUUCUCGAUCGUGCAGCAUUCUUUAUCUACUUGCUUAUUGGUCUACUUGCUACUCGCUUCGUUAGCAUUUAAAACCUAUCAUGCCUUCUUUUGAUCCCGCAGUUGCACCUUUCAUCAUCAAUACAAAAGCCAACAGCCACAUCAAUGGCAAAGAUAACAGCAACAUGAACGCCAAUGGAAAUGGCAAUGGCAGUCUCAACGGCACUGCCAACGAGUAUGGAAGUAUCAUCGCCAACGCCAACGCCAACGGAAACGGAAACGGCAAUUUCAACAACGAUCCUAACGCCAGCAGCAACGGCAAUGGCACUAGCACUUGUGACGGCUUUAACAGCCCAAAAAGCACCAGUGCCAACGCUAGCCCUAGUCCCAGCCACAGUUCUAAUAACAGCCACAGAAGUGGCGGCCACAACAGCCCAGUCAAUAGGCCAAUCCGUCGUGACAGGAAGAACUGCGCCCCUACGGCUAGCAAUGCUCAGGGCCUGUUCCCUCCUGCAGCUUGUGUCUUUGUUGGAAAUCUUUCGACCAGAGUGCCUCUUGAGCAGCAAGGCAAGGAACUGGAGAAAAAGUUCUCUACAAUUGGGCCAUGCUACGUUAAGACCAAUGUGGAUAGGAAAAAAGAACUUCCUUCUGCUUUUGUUCAGUUUGAGAAAUCCGAACAUGCCGAAACUGCCUUGACAUGGCAUAAUACUAUGCAGCUCCAUGGCCGCCUGCUGCGUGUUGAAGUGAGCAAAGCGAUAAGAACUGGCAUCAUGGGCUAUUGCAAUGGAAAUUCCAUUACCCUAGAUGCUGUACGCGAAGCUUUGCUAGGACGGGGAGCCCUUGAUUAUUGUACCACAGAGUGCACUACAAGUGGCAUUACUGUCAGCAAAGUCGUCUUCUCCUUUGUGGGAGAUUACCAGGAUGCAAUGAGGCAUUUCCAAAAUAAUCCCGACAUUUAUCUCAAAGCGGAUCACGGAAUAAGGCCAAUUUAUCCUCCUUCCCCUCUGCUGCCACAGUACUCGCAGUCCCAGCCCUCCUACUACCCUCCGGCGCCGGCGCCGCCCCCCUACACUCAGGUACCCUAUACUCAGGGAUCUGGAGCUUAUCCCACGGGACCUUAUGCCCAGGUGCCCCCUCUUUCCCCUCCUUUCCUUACUUUCCCUCCUUUCCCCAAUUACACCAAUUGGACCUAUCCUCAGGAGCAACUUCCUCAACAUUAUCAGUGGUCCUACGGCCAGGGAACCUACCCUCCUUAUGCUCAGGGAUCCUGGUACCCUCCGCACUGGUCCGAGCCACCCUGCUACCCUGAGCCACCCCACCACAUUGCUGAAGCACCCAACCUAAAUACACACACUCAGACCCUCCACCCUGAGAUGUUCUUCCCGCCAGCACCCUGGUCUGAGGAGCAUUAUGCUGCGACGGCUUCCCAAGAUCUCGGCUCCCAGUCUGCGCAAGCGCAACCCACCGUCUCUCAAUACACUCAACCUGCGAGUGGGAAUGAACUGACCCCGCCUUCUUCCCCCGAGAAGGAAGAGAAGAAGAUGGAGGCGGAACAGGCUGAUAAGAAGACUGCCAUUGAUGAAGAGACCGUCCCUGAGGAAAGCACCGAGGAAAAGGAGAAAGAGAAGAAAGAGAAAGAAGCAGGAAAUGAAAAAAAGGACGAGAAUAAUUGGCCCCUCGUUGUGGGACAAGGAUUUCCUUUUAUAUUUUGAGGUCUUUUGAAUGAUCUAUGGUAUGCGUGUGCGUGGGUGUUAUGUGAUGUAUCAGCAUACAAGUUUAGAAAACUAGUAUGGUUGGUUGCUUAUAUAAUAGAAAACAAGAGAGAAUCAAGUAUCAUUCAAGACCUUAUUUCUGUUGUCCUUUAGCAGGUUCAAAAUUUGUGGUAAUAGCCAUGACUUUGCCGACAGCCUCAGAUUCGUCGAUGGUGCUGCUACGAAAAUUUCAUGAUAUCGAAUCUCUAUGCCUUGAAGCGACCAUAAUAAU